AUGGUCGAGGUGGCUGAUCAAGCUGAUUCGGCCAGACGAGUAACCAGCCAACACACACCAUAUGACCCGACCUACCAGCCUCAGGCCAGGGAGUUCAAGACCUCUAUUCAACCAUCUGCUGCAGUACUGCAAUCAGCAACCAACGGCGUUACCCAACCAUCGGAGGGCGAUCGCCCCUACCCAUAA